UCCCAGGCGGUGGGUCUCUGACGGCCUCAGGCUCGUGCAGCCCUCGGCUUCCCGCCUUCAGGCCGAGGGUUUGGAUACUGAGGGGCGGGGAAGGAAGGAUUCCUUUACCAUGAGGUCCUCCCUACAGGCUGUGGCACUCUGGGGAAGGAAGGCACCUCCUCACAGCAUCACUGCCAUCAUGAUCACUGAUGACCAGCAAAUGAUUGUGACGGGAAGUCAAGAGGGUCAACUCUGCCUCUGGAAUCUCUCAUCUGAACUAAAGAUUUCGGCCAAAGAACUUCUUUUUGGUCACUCAGCUUCAGUGACGUGUUUGGCGAGAGCGAGAGACUUCUCUAAACAGCCCUUCAUAGUUAGUGCUGCUGAAAAUGGGGAGAUGUGUGUUUGGAAUGUCACCAAUGGACAGUGCGUGGAGAAGGCCACACUUCCUUACAGGCACACUGCAAUCUGUUAUUACCACUGCUCGUUCCGGAUGAUAGGAGAAGGCUGGCUUCUGUGUUGUGGAGAAUAUCAAGAUGUUCUUAUAAUUGAUGCCAAAAGUUUGGUUAUUAUUCACACUUUCAUAUCAUCUCAGUCUCCGGAUUGGAUCAACUGCAUGUGCAUUGUUCACUCCAUGAGAAUUCAAGAAGAUUCUCUCUUGGUAGUGUCAGUAGCUGGUGAGCUCAAAGUAUGGGAUCUCUCUUCAUCUAUCAACAGCAUUCAGGAAAAGCAAGAUGUUUAUGAAAAGGAAUCCAAAUUUCUUAAUUCCCUGAACUGCCGGACAAUACGAUUUUGCACGUAUACAGAGAGACUUCUACUGGUGGUAUUUUCUAAAUGUUGGAAGGUUUACGAUUAUUGUGAUUUUUCUCUUCUUUGGACUGAAGUUAGUGGGAGCGGGCAGUUCUUUGCUGGUGGAGAGGUGCUUGCUGCUCACAGAAUCAUCAUCUGGACAGAAGAUGGUCACAGUUAUAUCUAUCAGCUGCUGAACAGUGGGCUUUCAAAAAGCAUAUACCCUGCUGAUGGAAGAGUGCUUAAAGAGACCAUUUAUCCUCAUUUACUGUGCUCUACUUCUGUGCAGGAAAAUAAGAGCCUUCCCUUUGUUAUGGGCUACAUGAAUGAAAGGAAAGAGCCUUUUUAUAAGGUACUUUUCUCUGGAGAAGUCUCAGGAAGAAUUACUUUGUGGCACAUCCCUGAUGUUCCUGUAUCCAAGUUUGAUGGUUCUCCUAAAGAGAUACCAAUAACUACCACCUGGACCCUUCAAGAUAAUUUUGAUAAGCAUCAUACCAUGUCACAAAGUAUUAUUGACUACUUCUCUGGGUUUAGAGAUGAGAAUGGAAUUGCGGUUGUCACUUCAUCAGAGUAUGUUCCAAGUCUUGAUAAACUAAUAUGUGGCUGUGAAGAUGGGACAAUUUUCAUUACACAGGCUUUGAAUGCUGCCAAAGCAGGACUUCUCGAAGGCGGUUCUUUACUAAAAGGUUCCCUUCCUCAGAAAGUUCUCAAAGGCCAUCACCACAGUGUUACUUCCUUGCUUUAUCCACAUGGUCUCUCUUCAAAAUUAGACCAAAGUUGGCUGGUAUCUGGGGACCAGGACUCAUGGGUCAUCUUGUGGGAUAUCUUUACUGAAGAAAUUUUGCAUAAAUUCUUUUUGCAAGCUGGUUUAGUAAUGAGUCUUUUGAUGUCACCAGAGAAUUUCAAACUACGAAGUCAUCAGGUAAUUUGCUGUGUGUGCAGUGACCAUUCCGUGGCUCUCCUUCACCUUGAGGGGAGGAGGUGCCUCCUGAGCGCCCGGAAGCACCUUUUCCCUGUGAGGAUGAUAAAGUGGCAUCCCGUCGAGAACUUUCUAAUUGUUGGAUGUGCAGAUGACUCUGUUUACAUCUGGGAAAUUGAGACAGGCACUUUGGAAAGACAUGAAACGGGAGAAAGAGCAAGGAUUAUUCUUAAUUGUUGUGAUGAUUCACAGCUUCUAAAGCCUGAAUCUGUACUUCCAGUUGCCUCAGAGACCCAUAAGCACAGAAGUGUAGAACAGAGGUCCUCCAGCUCCUACCAGUUUGGGCCAAUACCUUGCCCUGGUCUGCAGGUGGAGUCUUCAUGUAAGGUCGCUGAUGCCAAGUCUUUCUCAGGACCUUUUAAUGUCUUGCCUGUGAAGACAAAAUGGAGUAACAUUGGUUUUCAUAUCCUUCUAUUUGAUCUGGAAAACCUUGUUGAACUUUUGCUGCCAACUCCAAUCUGUGACGUUGACCCUUCCAAUUCAUUCUAUGGCAGUGAGAUCCUGAGAAGAGCCAAAAGCACAGUAGAGAAGAAAACACUGACACUGAAAAGAAAUAAAACUGCCUGUGGUCCUCUCUCAGUGGAGGCACAAGCCAAGCCUGUUAGUGAAAGCCCAGCCCAAGGAGAAAAUACCAUGAAGUUAUCAGAAGAAAAUGAUGGCAUUAAAAGGCAGAAGAAAAUAAAGAGCUCCAAAAAGAUGUACCUUAAGCAAUCCAGAAAAGUCAAUGCCAACCUCACAAUAGACACAGCUAAAUUGCUCCUAUCUUGCCUUUUGCCGUGGGGAGUGGAUAAAGAAUUAGACAAUCUUUGCAUUAAGCAUCUCAAUAUUUUAAAGCUUCAGGGUCCCGUUUCUUUAGGACUUGCUUCAAAUGAAGAUCACUUCUCACUGAUGCUGCCAGGUUGGGAUUUAUGCAAUGCUGAAAUGAAAAAAGACUAUUCAAAAGUAAAUUUAUUUUCCAGGAAAGUUUUGGACUUGUCAAAUAAAUACACUUCCACUCUUCCAAAUCAGGCUGGGAUGCCAAGAAGACCGGAAAAUAAUUCUGAUUCUUUGCAAGAGCCAAACACUAUAGUUUACUUAUUGAGCAAACUAUUUUUAGUUAAUAAGUUAGUUAACAUGCCUUUAGAACUGGCAUGUGGAAUUGACAGUUCUUUCACAAUGGAGUCUGUGCAUAACAAGAUGAAAAGUCCUGGGAAUGAUAUUUUAAAUGUUUCAAGCUUCUACGGUUAUUUACGAAAUGGUAAGAGUGAAUCCCAUCUACCUGAAGCUGACGUUUCACUUUUGAAGCUAAUUUCCUGUUGGAAAGACCAGUCUGUCCAGGUAACUGAGGCAAUACAAGCUGUUCUUUUGGCGGAAGUUCAACAGCACAUGAAAACUUUUAGAAAGACACCAGUCAACAGUGAACCAGUGUCGGUGGCAGAGAAUGGUGACUAUGAGAUGACGCAGAUCCUGCCAAAGAUGGAAUGGGCCAAGGAACCAGAGUUACAGUGUAUUACAGACACUUUGCCUCUGCAAACUCCAGUCAGUCCGGUCAAGCAUGACAGCAACUCAAACUCGGCAAACUUCCAAGACACCGAGGACAUGCCUGACAGAUGUGUCUUGGAAGAGUCUGAGAAUCCAGGUGAACGAAGGCAUCAUUUAUGGAUAGCAAAGGUGUGCUCCUGCAAGCUGUGCUAAAUGGAAUCUCAUCUGUAGAACUGGAUUUGGACAAAUUAAGAAACCCCAAACAUGCCAGUUGUUUAUCAUUGUGUAUAAGCUAUGUUGUUAUUAGUCUAGUUAUUAGUUUGUAGUAAAUUUGCUGAUACUUUGGCCAGAGUCA